AGGGGAUUAAAAAGCAAAUGACAAUCUGUAAGCUCGAGUCAGUGUUGGCGUCGAAACAAUUGCCGCAACAACUGCUGCUGCCUGGAGAAGAUUAAGUUUAGAAUUUCAGAGUCCUUGUAGUAAAUUUUAUUAUGGCUGGUUCCAGUCUCUGUGAAGAAACAAUGCGAGUUUGGGUCUGUGCAUUAAUUUUCACUGCAACCGUUUUUUCAACCCCACAAUCCGAGUGGGAUGGUUACUAUGGCGAUGAAAAAGAUUCCCUCUACAGAGAGCAGCAGUGGUCCCGGCCAUCGCUGAAUCCAUCAUACAAGACCCCGGCAGGUUCUUACCAAAAUGACCAGGAUCCUCAGAAAAUAUGGGAAAUGUUAUUGGACCAAUUCCCAUCGCUGAUAGGACUGCCUGGUCCACCUGGACCCGAAGGAGAAUCAUUUUACGGCAACAGCCAAUACGAACUUAUUCCUGGUCCGCCUGGAAAUCCUGGCGAGAGAGGGCCGGACGGGCCAAAAGGUGACGAUGGAAUUGCAGGUGAUCCUGGUACUCCUGGAGGACCCGGUCCAAAAGGAAAAUUGGGCAACCCAGGCGCUCCUGGAACCAAAGGAGAGAGGGGUGAUCCAGGUAAUACGGGGGCUGCUGGUGAUCCUGGAACACCAGGAGUGAAGGGCGAGAGAGGAGAUCCUGGUUUUAAUGGCGAACCUGGCCUACCUGGAGCACCUGGAAAUCCAGGAAAAGACGGAUUCCCAGGGGAAUCAGGAGUCCAGGGACCGAAAGGUGACAUUGGUGCACCAGGAUUGACUCUUCCAUCCAAGGUCGCAGGACCCCCCGGUUUAUCGGGAAUGCCCGGGAAAGAUGGAGCUCCAGGCAAUCCUGGCCCAGUUGGAUCCAUCGGCCCACAAGGAAAAAUUGGAUUGGAAGGUAAUCCAGGCAAACCUGGUUUGAAUGGUGUCCCCGGUGGGCCUGGACCAAAGGGCGACAACGGAUUCAAUGGCAAUCCUGGAGCACCUGGUAAAGACGGUUUGCCCGGUGGACCUAGCGAAAUUGUUGGACCCAUCGGGCCGGAAGGAGAACGUGGAACGCCAGGAGACCCCGGGUCACCCGGCAAAGAUGGUCUCACUGGUGCACCUGGUGAGCCUGGAAAAGACGGAUCGCCCGGCUCUCCCGGUCAAACAGGCGCUCCAGGAGAGGAAGGCAAAUCAGGCAAGGAUGGUGAACCUGGUCCGACGGGAACACCAGGCAAUCCUGGUGGAAUAGGUCCGAAAGGUCCAAAAGGUAAACCUGGCCCUAAUGGCUCUCCUGGUCUUCCUGGAGAUAUUGGACCCAUUGGUCCUGUCGGCCCAGAAGGCAAACCAGGUAAUGAGGGAGCUCCUGGUUAUCCUGGAAAAGCUGGACCAGCUGGUGGAGUUGGUCCCCAAGGAAAAAAAGGUGCUAAUGGCUACCCUGGAAAAACCGGAGCAGUUGGGCCUGUCGGGCCUCGUGGAAAACCAGGCACCGCCAGCAGUUAUGGUUCAGGUAGACCCUAUGGUAGACCCAUCAGUUCUAGACCCAGCUCUUCGUUCUCUGACUUCUUUGGAUCUUUCUGGUCCGACGAACCUCAAAGUAAUAAGCCGGCCAGCUCGUCAUUUUACCCAAGUGGGCCUGCUUCAGAAUAUUCAGGACAGUCUUACCAAAACAAUAAUCUACCACCUGCAUAUCCGGGCUACGUUCGAGUAGUGUGGUGAUUAUUCUCAUCAAUCACACCAGCCCCCAUUCUAACAUAAUCAGCAUGAAACAUUUGGUUUCCUAUUCAUCUUUCCAAUAAUUAAUUACAAAAUUAUAGC